UAUGAGCGGUUGUUCAGUUACCACGUCAUUUUGCGUCCGAUCAUGGAGACAUGUUGCUUCAUCAAGUUCAUGUUUACUCUCCUGGCGCGCCUAGUCCUUUCUAUCGCCCGACCGGGGAUUGUAUAUUUGCCCGGGGACCCUGCAGGCCCUGCUCCUAUUAUAGAGGGGAGAGCUACAUUCAAUUAGCCUAUGUGGUUUCCGUUAAAAACUGAAUUGGAUUACAGAAAAAUUGACACCCCCUUUUAAUUUUUCAUCCACACGGAGUCGAGUAAGUGAACUGGAGUGGAACAUUCUGAUGGAUGCACACGUGUAUUAAAAUACACAUGUACGAACAUUCACAACUUUUUAACUUGGGAUACACUCGGAGAAACAAUGAGGAGUAGGAGGAGUUGAGACUUUCACCCGUCAUGUCAUCAUCGGAGAAACAAGUGACCGAACACCUGUACAAGGUGCUGGUUAUCGGCGAGUUUGGAGUUGGUAAGACAUCAAUCAUAAGAAGAUAUACAGAGGAUAGGUUUUCACCAAACUACAAGCUGACGAUUGGCGUCGAUUUUGCCCUGAAACCUAUUGAUUGGGACAACACGAAAAGAAUAAACCUACAGCUGUGGGAUAUUGCCGGCCAUGAAAGAUUUGGUCACAUGACAAGAGUGUACUAUAAAUAUGCGAUUGCUGCUGUUAUAGUCUUUGACUUAUCAAGACCAGCCACAUUUGACUCGGUCCUAAAGUGGUACUCUGACGUGAAUCAGAAAGUGAUGCUUGCCAAUGAACAACCGGUGCCUGUCCUCCUCUUAGCAAAUAAGUGUGAUCUGGAAGACACAGUGUUAGAUGCUAAAAUGCUGGAGGAUUUUUGCCAUAAGCACAACUUCAUCGGCUGGUUUGCGACGUCAGCUAAAGACAACAUCAACAUUGAGGAAGCCAUGAGAUUUCUGGUUCAGAACAUCCUGGAACUGACGGCAGACGCGGCCAAACCCAACGAACACAUCUCCCUACACCAGGACAAGGACUACUUUGAGCCGAUCGACGAAGAAGAGGACAACCUGAGUCUUGCCGAGGAGAAGAGUCAGAGGAGAUGCUGCUCUCGGUGAGCAACGGUCAGUCUCAGAAGAUGCCAACGCAUCGGCCCCUCCCAAUUUUUUUUAACCUCAUUCAAGUCGGCGGAGUCUUCCAGUCUCGUGCCCGUGUCAUGCAAGGUUAUCACAAACUUGAAAAAAGGGAGUGCCGAAAACAAUUUUAUCUCACCAGAUAAUUUUGUUUGAAAACUGAACAACAGUUUGAAUAAUUUUUAACAAUGUUCAGGGAAUGUGAGAAAUCAAGAAGUAUUUCAUUGGUAGGCUAGCAUAUAUCUUGCUCCUGUUCAGAAGAUGACAAGGGAAAAUGUGAACCCGAAAUGUUAAGAGUUUGUGGGAGCCGACGUGCCAUUUAUAUCAAAGUUUCUAAAAUGAACUGAGGAACCUGUAAACCAGAAAAAGCUAAACUGAGGAAAAUGAAUAUGUUUCCUCUGAGCAGAAUUUGUAAACUUAAUAAGUGGAAUAUUUAUAAUACAUGUAUAUUAUUUUUUAUUUAAAAUCUUUCAGAGUUUGAUAAUUUUUCCAGCAUUUUGCCUACAUCAGCAAGUUGGAAAAGUGUGCAGUAAAAGUACAUGCCAUUUUCCAUGAAUUAAAUUUGUUAUAUUGGUCUGCAAAUGUAUAUAUCUGAUUUUAAAAGUACAAGUAUUAAUUUUCUUCUUAAGCUACGCAGUUGUUACAGUGUAAACCAUGGGAUGAAGAAAAGGGGGUAAGAUGGGUGCCUUCACAAAUUCCUUUUGAUAUUGUAAAUCAUGUACAAAUGUGCUGGACAAUUAUUUGAACAUAAAUAUUUGUAAAGAAUGAGAUUUAUUCCAUUUUUCUGCAUCAACAAUACCAAUGAAGUUUGUUCCAAAUUUGUGCCCCCCCAUACAAAAUUAUUUCCUGCCAAUUUUUUUUUUAAUGUAGAUUUCAAUCCCUAGGGCCGAGUCAAUUCAAAUACAUGUAGUUCACUAUUUG